GUAAGGCAAAGGCGCGGGAUUGGGGCGCAGAGUGCAGUAGCAGCAACAGGGGCGUAGGCGGCAAGGGCAGGGGCACGGUGUAGAAGAGAGGGGGGUGUAGGAGGCAUGCAAGGGCAUGAUUGCCGGUGUCCAGGGGGUAUGAUUGCAGGUGAUCUGGGCGCAAAAGGCAUGGGAUCUGGGCGCAGAGAGCAGGGUUGGUGUAGAGCAAGGCUGGUUCGUGGGAGUGCAAGGCUGACCCAUUUCGCGUUCUGCUCUUCUUUCUUCCCGCUGCAGCCACCCGAAAGAAAAAAAAAAGGAACCCAGCCAUGCCUUGGAAAACCGGUGAGAAAGCUUGGUUUUUGGCCUUCUUUUCUUGCUCUAGAACACAAAUUGAAUCCAGAAAUUCUCCCCCCUGCUGGAAAAUCCGGAUCUGCUUUGCUCUGUCCGCUGGCUACUCUUGUUGUGGGGGCGAAUUGCUUUGAUUUUCUGAUUUCCCUUGAAUUUCCCCCAAAUUCCCGCCGGCUUCUUCUCCCCCGCCAGGCCCAGUGCUGCAGCUGGAAGUUCUGGUUGCUGAUCGUUCUGUCAGUUUAGCACUGAGAUCGAAUCUUCAGUUUUAUGCGAGUGAGGUAAGUAAAUUUAUGGUAAUGCCCGUAUAGUUUUUAAAAGCAUGUUUUGACUUGUUUUUGAAGUGGUGGCGGGAUUAAACUCGUUUAACACAAGUAUGAUCGAUUGAAAUGAAAUUUUUAUGCUUUUCAUUAAAUUGAGCAUGCCUACUUGAAAUUUAAUUGAUUGUCUUGAUGAUUUGAAAGUGAUUGGUGAAUUAUGAUUUUUUUGUUAACUUCUGCUUGUUUUGUCUCCGAUAUGGUUAUGUUAUUAAUGAUCCUGCUAGUGGGGGUUAAACGCUAGCACAUGUCGACAUGUUACUAAUAGAACUGGUUCGUUUCUGUUAUCCUGCUAGUGGGAUUAUACACUAGUAAAUCGUGUGCCUGCCAGUGGGAGGUUUAUAACACUGGCCGUGACCUAUAGAGGAGACGUCUAUUUCAUCUCCGUACUCAUAUCCGUUUUUCGUGAUUACACUUGUUGGCAUGCUAUAAGUUUAAUUAAGGGCACUCCAUAUUUACUUACUGAGUUUAUCUCAUAGUUUUUCCUUGUCCACCAUUUCAGGAAACGAAACCGAGGACGGGGAAACCAUGGGAAGUGACGAGUUAGAAGGCUAGCCAUUUCGAGAUUGAUAUAGAUUCUAGAAAUAAAUCAUGAUCUUGUAAACUAUAGUGUAUUUGGAGAUUUUAUGAUAUCAAAGCAGAUUUUAAGAUUUU